UAAAUAAGAAGUUAAUCUGGUCAGAGAAAUAUCAAUAAGAGACAAAGCCUUCUCGACCCCACGUUGUAUUCCUUGGCAACGACUAUUUUGACAAGACAGAACGAGUCGUGGACGGAGGAGAGCAGUACAAACAUGGGCUUCACCGAGUUAACACAUCCUCACAUCGCUAGUAACUUACCGGGUUACCGUGGCUAUUGUCCGCAGCUCAAGUAUGAAUGUGGCCAUACUUAUGGCAUCGCGACCGACAAAUUAACUACAAGACACAUGAGAAAUGAGAAGCUAAUUACCACACGUCUGCCCGACCCCAAGGAAAGAGAACAGUUUCUUCCACAACCUAACGGCGUAAACAAACUAACGGCAAAUAUGAAAUUAGGAUACACAGGGUAUAUCCCCACGAUGCGGUACCUGUAUGGUUCCCGCUACAGGGAAGCCACAGAUCAAGCCAUUAGCGACUUUAUGCAGAAAGACGAGAAGUACCGCAACGAAUCGGACGACUUAAAAAAGACAGUAUACUCCACAAAGAAGUUACAACCGAGAGCAGACCACAAAGAACCAAGCAUGUACCCCGACCUGCGCCCACGAUACGGCAAGGACUACUUCCCAAGCGAGCACCGCGAAUUCACAGAAGCUCCGCUGCCAGGUUACACGGGCUACGUACCGCGCAGACGCGCGCAUGACCUGGGCAUGAGGUAUGGCACGUGGUCACAAGCCGGCUUCUCUAAUUCGCUAGAGAUGAGAAACAAGCAAGAAAAUCUAGCAACACAACGAAUCGACGUCACUAAGUAUCCCGAGCCUACCGUAACGGCCGAGCUUACAUCUCAGGGCACGCUGUAUAAAUUGAUGGGGAUGAAACCAAAGUAUACUGGCUAUAUACCACAGCGUCGCUUCAGAUAUGGAAAUACAUAUGGCGACACGACUCGCUCAUUGCCAGUCUGCUUCGAUCCCAAGGGAUACGCAAGCGCCACCUACGUCACCGUACCGGUCAUGUGAUCUGUCACAUGACACCAAUUUUACUAGGUUCAAAAGAAUAAAUAAAUUCUGCUGACGGGUCAAUCAUCACGGGAUCAGAACCCAUUGUGAUGUAUCGUGAUAUGCUAUGGGGGACAGUGCUGAAUAACGUAUGCGCAUGCGCGUGUUCUGGCGAAAACAAACAAAAUCUCAGUGUUGAAUCGUUCGAGUAAAGGUACGAAAGGCUGACUUCGGUCACUGUUUUGACUUACUGUACAGCAUUAAAACCAUACUGUACAAAAGAUGACAGAUUUGUUUGAUAAUGAGGGAGUCAUAAAGACUCUUUGUUUGAUAGUUUUCUUAACAUUCGCCAAAAUGUGACAGUUAGCCGGUAAAACGCCGCCAUUUCAAAACAAAAAGGCUGGUUUAACCGCGUGGUACUGGAACUAGUCUUGCGUUUUCAGCACUGUCGUUAUGGGGGCAGUUUGCCAAGGUAAACAAAGGGUAGCUAAGCCACGGUGGCGCUAAAUGAGAGAUGACAUGCGAGGUUUACUAAACCAAGUUCACUGGAUCCAGAAUUUUACCCUGUAGGAUGCUAUGUCCCGGAAAAAAAGGAUACUAGGAAAAUUAGAGCCCUCAACCAAAACAACCAAGGCAAACAAACCCGGUAAAUAAGUAGGAUGCGAUGUCCACUAAAACAAUAAAGCAACUGAGCAUAGAACAAAGGUUGUACUCGACAGAAAAAAGUGUAGCCACAAGCGUAACUCUUCCUGGUUCACCCAGGAAACGCUUUUGAAGAGCCAUCCUGAAAUCGGGUUUCCUCACUCAAUAUCACAACGCGUGCUUCUUAACAUCGAAAUGCUACUAACUGACCUAACUUGUGUCAAAAAUGGCUUUUUAAUAAAAAAAAUCAUCUCGUGAAAUGGUAAAAUAUAAAUUUGUAGCACUAUUUAUUUACAAACACACCGAAUAAAUUUAGAUAUAUAAACGUUUGCUAAGGUAUUAAACUUAAACGGUUUUUUACAAGUAAUGUAAACAUACUUAUUACAAAAUAAACAUUGCACCUAUGUUUA